AUGCAGUUGAAGCGUUUAGUCUCGCGCCUGCUCUCUGAGGGUCGGGCCCACCUACCUGGAGAAUACCCCAUCACACCUGAACAGAUGGUCGUCAACGAGCCCCAAUACCAGCCCGCUUCAUCGACGCCCCAAAAGCACGGGCAUCUUAAGCAGCCUUUGCUUUUGCAGAAAUCCGAGGACUUCGACUCUGACAACUCCGGCCGCCUGUCAACCGGGCCGACCCCAGCCCCCACCCCGGAAGUGCCGCGUGUAACUCGCGACCUUUCGGAAGACGGUGGAAUCGCAACGAGCUACGCGCCCCUGAGUGCGCGAGGGGGCAGUUUUCACGGAAUAGGGAGCGAGGAAGGGAAGCAUGAUGUUGAUAUCGCCGCCGUGAAGCAGCAAGUAACAAGCGGCGAACUUGGUGGAGGGGACGAGCAGGUAUCAGCGGGGAUGGUUGGGAACACUGCCGCCGCCGCUGCUGCUACUGGUUCUUCGGUCGAGGAGGCAGCGACCGAUCGAGUUCGCGAAGACGAGGAGAAGCGGGACGAGGACGGUUUGUCUCCGCGAUACGGUAACGACGACCAAAGGAGAGUAGAACGAGAGCUGAACAAAGACAGCGACGAGAGAGGGGUCGAUGUUCAAGUCGUCUCUCGGGUUGGGGGCUCGAAAAAAGAAAAAGAAAUGAUCCCCGGUGAGACCGACACCAAGCUCGUUGAGCCACGUGGAGAUCAAGAGGAAGGGCACUACGUUAUCCACGACUACGCCGACCACGAACGUGAGGACAAACACCGAGUUAGCGAGGAUAACGUCGAGGGUCGUUCGUCCCCGCACACGAGCGAAGGCUCUCACGUUGCCACCACCACCGCCGCCACCGCGACAUCCCUCGAGGAGAACAACGACCAAAAAAGCUUGCUGGUAGAGCCCGGUCCCGGGGGGAGCGGCAGAGAACAAAACGAGGCGAAGGAGAAAGAGGAGGAUAUUCCCGAGAUAGAAGAGGAGCUUGUGGACGGUAUCGAAAUCGAGGACUUCGAAGAAGGAGCAGGCGGCAGCAAUGGAGUGGAUAUCCGCAUCGGGGAGGAGAGCGGGAACGGACUCAUCAACCGAACGAAGAGCAACUCGGAGGACAACGAGCGAGCGGACGACACCGGAGACACUGCUGAUCCGGCCAUCGCCGCAGUUGCAUCCGUCGGAGACACUGCGACCGCACCGGGAGGGAUGAAAACGGGCGACGCUAGUGAUGAUGCCGUGGUCUCCACCGACGCAAAGAACGUGGCCAAAGAUUUCGACGACGACGGUGACUCCGUGGACGAUACCCCCCCCGGCCAGAACACCCGCAGCGCCUUCAACGAGUCUCUGUUCAAGAGACAAACGGAAGCUUCUGCCGGUAGGACUACAACGCCAGGGUAUUCGGAGAACGAUCACCUCAUCGUUGAGGAACGUCGGCAGGGGGACCAAACCUCAAGCAGCGAAGACGACGUAGUCUCUGCCUCGAAGACCACCGAACGGGAACCCGGGGAGAUGGGUGCUGCCAAGCCCCCGGGAGCGCCUCCACCGCCGUCCCUCCCACUACCGUCAGCGUCGAACGAAGGGGGCUCCUUGUCGCCUCUAUCCUCGCCUCUCGCGUCGCCUCGCGGCUUGGCGUCGCUGUCUUCCCUGGCGGGGCUCCCGCCGCCACCGAUGGGCGGUGCCCGGCAGAGACUCGGUCUCCUCGGGGCCUUGCCCCCGGUUGGGGGAAGGGGUCUCCCCUCCCUGGUGCUACCGGGAGGGCUAAAGGCGAGCAGCGCACCAGGACAAGAGCGCAAGGAUGUUGAGAGAAAAGCAGACGAAGGCGGCGACGGUGAGAGUGCCACUGGGGGGACAAUGGAGGCCGGAUGUUUGUCGAGUAGGACAAGCACUCCCCCGUCGCCAUCGUCAUCCGGGAAAAAAAUAUCCGUAUCGGCGGCGGCAACUUCCUCCGCCACGAAGGAGGGCUCGGUAUCCAGCGUGGGUGCUCCAACUCACGCUCCCGCGGGCGAAGGAGAUGACGACAGGGAUGGCGAGAAUGAUGGCUCUGGUCGGUUCUCGACCGCCGGAGCCGUCAAAAAGCAGGAGGAGACCAAGGACGACGAAGAGGCCGCGCUUAGAGCCCUACUGGGGCUCGGAGACGAUGUCGGCGGCGGUGGCGGCGAUGGCGGCGGUGGCGGCGACAACAGCACGUUGUCACCACCCGGUAGCCCGAAGCAACACCAGGGCCAGGAAGAGGAGGACGCUGGGCGGGCCUUGCUGGAAGGCCUCGGUGGCAAGAGAGGCGGGGGCACAGCAACAAAUGUUACACUUGCCGCGCCCGUUGGGGGUCUUGACGUCGGAGGCUACUUUGGGGGAUCGGACGAGGAGGUCUCCGAAGCAGAGAUAGACGGGGAGGUCAGCAGCGUCGGCGAGGACAUAUCUUUCGAGCAGGAGAGCGCUGAAAGCGGUGGCGAUGACGACUUCUUCUCGUGA